AUGUCUAUGGCAGAGAAUGUAAAGCCUUCUAUGCCUAAAACAGAAAACGCAAAGGAAUUCAUGAAACUGAUCAAGGAGUACUCACAAUCAGACAUAACUGACAAGUCUAUUGUAGGAACUCUUAUGAGUGAGCUGACUACCAAAAAGUUUGACUGGUCACAUCCCAUACAUGACCAUGUAACUGGAAUGGCUAAUAUAGCAGCAAGAUUAAAGUCAAUGGGAAUGAAGGUGAAUGAGUCUUUUCUGGUACAUUUUAUCAUGAACUCUCUUCCUCCUGAAUUUGGCCAGUUCCAAGUGAACUAUAACACUCUUAAGGAUAAAUGGAACUUUCAAAGAAUCAAAACCAUGUUGGUACAAGAGGAAGGGAGAUUGAAGAAAAUGAAAGAUCAUUUUAUCCAUCUCACAACUCAUGAAGGUGCUAGCUUUAGUAAAGCUAAAUCAGGAAAGAAGAACAAGAAGGACAAAAUCUUGAUUCGAAAAUGA